GCAUGAAACAAAUCAGGAGGCCUCUACGCCACCACUCCUAUACUUUGAAUGAGCACAUACCAAACCAAAAAAGGUCUAGUCAAGUAUUCCACAAACCAUCUAAAUAAAUCACAAUUGUUUUUGGAAUUUGAUUUGUAGAGUAAUAUUAAGUAUAUAUUUUUGCUUCUGAUGGACCAGUGUGUCUUUGGAAAAGAAAAUUAAAAGUACCGUAUUUAAUAAAACGUAUACUGUAUGUCCCUUUGCUGUGCUAACAAAAGAGCAACCAACCCAAACAACCCUUCCUCCAUUCUGAUUGGAAAAUUUCCAAAGAAAAAAAAGGUUGACAAACAUUUCCAGCUGUUUCUUGUAAAACAUAGAGAACUGAGGAAUUGUUUCCACAAUAACAACCAGACAAUUGGUUUCUUGUCAAUGUUCAACUGGCCACACCCUGACAAACGAUUUUAAUACAAAAGCUUUUUUCCCCAUGAGUCCCCUUGGACAACACAUCCAUUUUUAUUUAUCUGAAGUGAAGAGUCCUGCCUUAUCCUCGAUGAUGUCACAACAUCCUUAAAAGAUUCACUCAUUUUCUGGGUUGAUUCAAACUACAGUCGUCAUAGCCGAGUGGGGAGAGACAACAAGGACGUAAGAAUACAACAGAAGCAAUGAAAGAAUAUAUUACUUGUAUUUGUGUUUAUUUUCUGCUCAAUGAUUAAAAACAAAUUAUAUACUGAAGUAUUAUAGUGUAAAUGCACAGUUGAUAGUUUUGAGUGGCUAACUGUUACAGUAUACCGUGAUCACUUCUUUAGUUGUUCUGUCACUGACUGUUCUGACUUUUCUUGUGACAUUAAACGGUUGGAGAUUUUAACUUGCUUUUGUAUUAGGAUGAUGGAAAACUACACGUACAACAGUUUCACACUCCAAGUGGAGGGGCUUCUUCUUUCUGAAGAAAUGACAUAUCCAACGUUCCUGAUCUUCUUGUUCUCCUACAUUUUCAUAAUUGUUACUAAUGUAGGAAUUGUGGUUCUGAUUUUUGUGGACAAAAGUCUUCACCAGCCAAUGUACUUGCUUUUUUCCAACCUACCACUAAAUGACAUUCUGGGAAAUUCUAUCCUAGUGCCUCGUUUGCUGCUAGACAUUUUGCGACCCUCCUCUGAACGACUCAUCAGUUAUUAUGAAUGUGUGGUUCAAGCUUUCACCGCACACACGUACGGGACGACGGCUCAUACUAUUCUCAUCAUUAUGGCAUUUGACAGAUACGUGGCCAUCUGUCAACCACUGCGUUAUGCUUCCAUAAUGACCAACAGAAUGGUGAUCAAGCUGACGGUCUCUGCCUGGGGGGUGGCCUUAGUCUUAGUGUCUGUUUUACUUGGUUUGACUGUAAGACUCAGCAGAUGCAGGACUUUGAUCAAAGGGUCCUACUGUGACAAUGCUUCACUGUUUAAACUCUCCUGUGACAGUGUGGUCAUAAAUAAUGUCUAUGGCCUCACCUUCACUGUGGCUCUGUUCACAGCUUCUAUUGGCAGCAUUGUUUUUACCUACACUAGAAUCACUAUAGUCUGUCUAACCAGUAAGAACAAGUCACUGAACAGUAAGGCCCUGCAGACUUGUAGCACUCACCUGGUACUGUAUUUGAUUUUGGUCAUUUGUGGACUGACUAUCAUUGUUCUCCAUCGCUUCCCUGAGACGUCAGAGUACAGAAAACUCAUGGCCAUUCUGUUUCACAUUAUUACCGGCAGCCUCAACCCAGUUAUAUAUGGAGUACAGUCGAAAGAAAUAAGAAAGUUUCUGUCAAAAAUGUUUUGCUCUCUUUAAAAGGUUAAUUAAAAUUAUAAAAAACAUGUUCGUAGGACACAUAUUCCAUACAGUGGGAAACGUCUGAAGUCAUGUACAAUGAUGGGAUUAUAUCACUGUUGUAAGGAGUAACACUUGGAAUAAAUAUCUGUGUAGGUUCUCAGUUGACAAGGUCAUCUUAUCCAAAAGUAGUUACGUCAAAGGCAACUGGACUAGUAGGUUGCUCCAAAGCCGUUUCACCGCUCAUACAAGAGGUUUCUUCACUGCUCGGAAGUUUCUGCUAUUUAACCUUGUAGAGGCUGAACACCUGAAAGCGAGGGCCGUUGGGGAGAACAGGGGGAAGCCAGAUGGUUCAUAAAUGGAGUGAAGGAAGCCAUCUAUGUCAACCUGGAGAAACUCAAUAGAGGAGGCGGUCUAAGACAUUGUUUCCCAAAGACUGUAUCGUGACCCUCAGAAGCGACCGUUCUUUUGGGUCGUCUCGCAUCAUGUUUCCCAGGAGUUUAUGAAUAAUGUGUGACUUUUAAAAUAUGGGUUCCCAGAAAAAAAUGGGAAACACUGGUCUAAGACAUAACCUAUCAUCCACCUACAAUGUGGUCCUGAGUUGUCCCACUUCCAUAUACCACCGCAGACAGACCCCAGUCAUGGUUCCACACCUCAAACUUUUGACCACAACAGUCUCCCCACUUUUGGUAUUGGUUUAAUAUCACCAAUGUGUCCUGGAU